UGAGUUUGGAGUAAUACCUGAAUGUGAGACAUUGUCUUUUCUUCUUAUGAGUUCCAUGUGUGCUUGCCAUUUCGGUUGGUGCCUUAAAACAUUCCAACAAUGAUCCAUGUUGAAGUUAGUUUUUUAAGGCUAUUGGUAUAAAAAAAAUUUCCUUAUCAAUCUACAAAAUAGUGGAACAAUCAGCACGCUAUGUUAUUACAAAUACUUAAUAAUUAGAACAAUAAAAUAUUGAAAAAACCAUUAUACCUUGUCUAGAUGGUCGCAUUGUUUGGAUGCAUUCCUUCAACUUAGGCCAUGGAACCACAAAAUUUAUUGAUACAAUUUUUAAUGGUUGACCACCGAUUGGUCAGAGAGGGUACAGAUCGUUCUUAACCGUUAGGUUUUUUAUAGGUGGAGUAAUAAUCAUAAACUUUACUCCACAAAUGUAUGGAGGUUUGGUCAGUCUCUUGUAUGGAGUCUAUACUAAUGUUAAGCCAAGCUGAAACAAGGAGAGCAUCUUCCUCUAUAUUAAAUGAUACACCCCGCUGGGAUUUUUGUUUAGGUGCCAUUUUUUUCCCAUUGGCGUUGUGUCACUUGGAUAUCAACAUUUGCAGUAUCCCUAAGGGGGUUGUUAAUACCACCUUCAUAACAUUCCAACAAUGAGGUGAAGAAGGGAUUCUUAUCAAUUAAAGUGUUAAUCCUUCAACAAAAUGUUACUAAAACAGCACAUUAAACAGUACCAUUGUAUUGAAGCACAAAGUGUUCAGCCUUUAACAGUAUAAAGAGUGUACUCAUAAUCAUAUUGAAAAUUAAAUCAGCACAUUAUAAUAGAAGAUUAGCAAAACUAACAACAAACUACAAUCAAACAUCUUCAAAAUAGUAACUGAAAAACCUCAAGAUUAAAACAGUUUCCUAACAGCAACUCUAAACCAAUUAAAACAGGCCAAACAUUGUGAUGAUACACCAGACAUUUAUGAAGGAAUCACAUGCUAAUUAGAUGACAACAAGUGUACCAAAUUUCCCCUUUAAGACAUUCAUUUGAAAUUAUAUCCAUACAUGAUUUCCAGAGAGCCCCAUAAGUAAGUUAAAAAUAUUUACAUAUGUGCACAAACACACCAAGAGUGGUCAAAAUAGCUAUAUGAUCUUUGAUUAUUUCUGACUAGUUAGACUUUAGUUGUACUUAUUAAUCUAAACAUCAUAGUACAAAUACAUAAUAGUAGCAUAAUCGAAACCCUAAUCUAAAACUAAGAACGAAAAAUCAAAAAGUAAUCUAGAUUAAGCAAAACCAGAGGACAAAGCAAUUAAAUACUCUGUUAUGCUCCUACAUGUUUACAAAAACUAGAGGACCCAUUUACAAAAAUCAAAAAAUCGAAAAUCUAAAUUUAUCCCUAAAAUUAGUUUAGAAAUCAAAACCCCAAUCUAGAUUAAACAAGGUAUCCAAACAACAAUUAGAAAAUCAAAUAAAAUUAUGCUAUGCUAUGUCAUUAAAACCAAUUAAUUCUUAUAUAUGUGAAUUUAAAAGCAUAAAUGACAUUUUAUGAUAUGAUGAAAGUAUCAUGUGAGUUAUAUUUCCGAUGUACCUAAUAAUAUUCCUAUAACUAUACACUUCUAAUGACUUAUAUGACAUGUGCGAGUCAAAGUUUUCCUUUUAUUGCAUGUGUAUUAAGCACAAAUAAAAUUUAGAGCUUUAAUGACGAUAUUGUUUCAAUGAUGGUUCACUACAAUGGAAAAAAGAUUCCUUCAAAUUUUAACAUGAAUUUAGGGCUUUAAAUAGAAGAGAGAUAUACAUAAAAUGAGUCUUCUUGAUGAGACUUUGAUCUUACUACAAUAGUGUUUUUAAAUUGUUUUGCUAAAGAACUUGAGUUAAUAUGUCUAUUUUUAGCUUUUUGGUUUCCCUUUCUUCACAUAUGUAAUUGUGUAUCCAUUUCCAUAAAUAAGUUAACAUAUUCAAUUGAAUUUGCUGAGGAAACGUAUUAAUCGAUAUUAAAUAUGUGUUAAACAAUAACGUUAAAAACAUCAAUAUAAAUGUACACCAAUACAAUUUUUUAUAUAAGUAAAUGAUUAUAUUGAUAAGAAUAAAGAUGGUAUACAAGAGGUAACAUCCAUUUAGGAAGAAUAUAUGGAAAUAGGAAAUUCAUGAAAAUCAAGGUUUGGUGCCUACUGUGGAGGAAUGUUUAGAGUUGGGAGUUCACUUGGGUCUUGUCUAGGGAUAGUGUUGUUCCCCUAACUUCUCUUACUCCGAUAAACGAUAUAAUGCGUUCACCAUCAGAUUAGGUUCUGAAUAAAGUUAAAGGGUUUAAGCAAAUCCUGGGGCUUUCACAUGGAGAAUAUGAAGAUCGAUUUAAAGCACUACUCACUGUGAUCGAGGGGAGCCACGCGCUUGAAUCCAAAUCAAAUUUUAAGAAAAGUAGAGAGUUGAAGUGUCUUUUUAUGGGCAAUCAAUUACGAUGCUAAGGGAGGUAGCUCAAGUCAAGGAAAGACGAAAGGAGGGCAUUUUGAAGAAGUUCUUGUAGUGGGAUUUUCGGAUAGAGGAUUAGUUUUACGAGAAACAAGAGGUUGGGGUUGGGGAGGUGUGUUAUGUUCCAUUCUCCAUGGACAUUGAUUAUUCUGUAGUUGUGUGAGAGACUUAUAAAAAGAACGAACCGAGAAUGUACCAUUGCCUGUAGGGUUGCUCUUUGAGUUCUCGAUUUCAUGGAGUAUAGGAGACUAAUAACUCCUCAAAGUUGCCAACUUCCUAGCUGCCCUAGUGAAAUUCACAUUCCAUUGGACUAGUCAUCAAAUAUCUCCAUACAAUUAGCCACUGAAGCUUCUUUUUCACAUGCAAUCUUGAAAAGUAGGUCACCAAUACAAAGUAAUUGCUUUACAAACUAUAAAAUUGUUUUACAACAUGUAUAUCAAAAGAUAUGCCAAUGAUUAAUGUAUCUAAAUGGUCCUUAUUUGUGUAUGUAAUUGUGAUAACAAGAAAAUUUAAGAAUAUCUAAAUAAUUAAAUAUGAAUUUAUCAUCUACUUUCACUUUAUUUGGAUUUAUAAAAGAGGUUGCGAUUCAGAAAAAAUUAAAAAUGCAGAUAACAAGUGAAAUAGAGGAACUCAUGAUCAGUAGCUAUCCAAGGCAAGUAUAGCAAAUAACUCCACAUAGAAACCCAUACAAACACUAGGUAUGCACAUAAAGCUUCACAACAAAGCACAAGCCGAAGCCAUCAAUUCCCUGCAUAAAACUACAAACGACCGCAUCUUUUUUAUAACCCAAAAAAAAGUACGAGUUAAUACCAAAAGGCCACUCAACUUGUAACCUAGCUCCCUAGAAGUACUUAUAAAGCUCAAUUUCAUUAGCUGUAAAGUAGCCCACCUAUUUUAACCUAAAUCAGUUUUGGAAGUCUUGCAGCUUUAUCAGUUUUAGUGUUUUUUUUUUUUCAAAUUAGGUUGAGAGGCCAGACAUGUUGUAAAUGUGUCCCAUAUUAGAUCGAUGUUUCUUCCAUGCCUUUUAAGCAUGCAUGUUUGUUUAGUAAAAGCUUGAAAAGAGAGAAUAAAAAAUUGUUAAGGGGAAGAGAACGACAAACUUACAAUAAAAUGGAUUAUUUUACAUUAGAAAAUUUAAUUUCAACGCUCUGGCAUUGAAUUAGUAACUACCCAAACAGGUACCAUAUUUUUUGAGAAAUCAACCUUUUACAUUUCCUCAUAUAAUGCAACUUGGAAAAAAAAAAAAAAAAAAACUGGCUGCUGUUAUUUCUUAAUGAUUCAUAUUGAAACAAAUUAUUAAGGCAAACAAUAUUAAGAGCCAACAGAAGAUUAGGAGUUGAUGAGAGAUGUAUAAAGAUCAAGUUUAAUUUAUGCAUUUUAAAAGGCUUGUAUUUUUCUUCAAAUUAUUCUAUUUCAUUCUGUCAAACACUUUUAAUGCAGUAAUUAUAUCACAUUUUCUUCCAUUGUCAUAGUUUCUUAUUUUUCAAGUCAUAUUAGCCAUUUCUCAUUGGUCUGAUCCCUCCUCCACUGGUUUUCCAAUGGUAUUCUUUACCGACGAAAUCAAUCAGCUAUAAGCUGUAACCUUCAACUUAAUAAUAUUGUUUAUACUACAUUAUAUAAUAUUGUAAAAUAAUGUAUGGUUUUGUAACAUUUAGCAAGAUAUAAUGUAAUUAUUGUAUAUAAUAUUUAGUGCUGUAUAAUACAACUAUAUAUAAGUUGAAACUUGGAACUUGAAGUUCAAGUUAUGAUAAUUAUAUAAGUAAAUUAAAGACAUAAACAUAUAUUAUACAGUAUAUACCCAAAACUAUAAAAAUAAUAAUAUACUCUAUAGGAUUAUGUAUUAACAUCUGCAUAAUUCAUUAUAAAUAAACUUUUUAAUUCAAAUUAAUUUGGAGUCAGAGUCAAACUUUAAAAAAAAUAGCAAUUUUUAAUUAAUUAGGAAUCCUCAAUUCUGCCCAACUUGUUAUAUACUUUUUCACCUUUUAAAAAUAAAGAUCAUACAUUUAAUUUUUAUAAAUACUAUACUAUAAUCCGCACUAUGUCACGUGGGCUUGCAUUUUUUUGGUUCACAAUAUUCAGAUUCACAUUUUCAAACUUUUCAAAAAUUCACACAAAACACAAAUUAAACUUCACUGCGAGUAUAAUUUUUUUUUUAUAUAAGUAAACGAUUAAUAGGCAUAACCCAAGUAAACUGGUAUUCAAAAAAUACACCUAGUUGGAGAGAAGUAAAAGAAAUAAGAAAAUCAUACAAAUUGAGGCCACAACAAUCUAUAGAUGUGGCCCAAAGAAAAAGAGUUCUAACAAAAAAUAAUCUAAGUUCCAAAUGUCCUGUCAUUUUGCUCCUUCCAUAGGCACCACAUGAUACAAAUCGAGACCAUUUUCCCCACCGCUGAGAUUUGUGGAAAACCUCAUAUAUAUUUUAUCCAACUGGCUUUGAGCUCUGUCACUGUGGCAAGCAUAACCCGAGCUAACUUUAUUAAACACUUCAUUCCAUAACAUUCCAGCCACCUCACAAUGCAAUAGUAUCUGAUCUAUAUUUUUACCAUUUUUCAUACAGAUACAACACCAAUUUACUAUGAUCACCUUACGUUUUCGUAGAUUAUUUGUCGUCAAGAUCUUACUUAAUAUUGCAGUCCGUACAAAAAAUGUUGUUUUUGGAGGUGCCUUGUUUUUCCAUAUAUUUCUCCAAGGGAAUUGUGUAUUAUGUGAUUUUGUGGGUGUUGGCAGCUUUACCUUUAUCUGUGGCGGGGCUUGAUGCUCAUUAUUAUGACCAAACAUGUCCGUAAGCUGAGAAGAUAAUUUUUGGGGCAGUUUAUAACGCAUCCAUGCAUGAUCCUAAAGUUCCAGCUCGAAUCCUGAGGAUGUUCUUCCAUGACUGUUUCAUAAGGGGAUGCGACGCCUCUGUGUUGCUGGACUCGACUUCGGGCAACCAAGCUGAGAAAGACGGUCCUUCGAAUAUCUCUCUUCGUUCAUUUUACAUGAUCGAUGAUGUCAAAUCUAAGCUUGAAAUGUCAUGUCCACAUAAAGUUUCUUGUGCUGAUAUAGUUGCCAUUGCAGCAAGAGAUGCUGUAACCAUGCAUCUGUUUCUAUUUUUUUCAGACGGGGGGCCGUAUUGGAACAUAUUGAAAGGUCGGAAAGAUGGAAAGGUGUCAAAGGCAGCAGAAACCAUCAAUUUACCAGCUCCAACCUUCAACGUAACCCAACUCAUUCAAAGCUUUGCCAAGAGAGGUUUAGGAGUCAAAUAUAUGGUAGCUCUUUUUGGUGCUCACAGCCUUGGCUUUACACACUGUUCUUCUUUCGAAGCCCGGCUGCAUAACUUUAGUUCAGUGCAUGGGACCGAUCCCAAUAUGAAUGAUGAGUUUGCAGAAAAUCUGAGAAAGAAAUGCCCAAAACCAAACAAGGAUCGCAAUGCGGGAGAGUUCUUUGAUUCGACCUUGUCAACUUUUGAUAACGAAUAUUACAAAAGGAUAAUGGCAGGAAAGGGCGUGUUGGGAUCGGAUCAAGCACGGGUUGGUGAUUACAGGAGUAGGUGGAUUGUUGAAGCAUUUGCCAAAGAUCAGAGUCUCUUGUCUAGGGAGUUUGCUGCUUCGAUGAUGAAGCUGGGGAACGUUGGGGUGAUUGAUAGCGGCGAAGUGAGACUGCAAUGUGGAGUGGUAAAUUGAGAGAGUGAGAGAGAGAGUAUGCCCAAAUUUUUUAUUCCUUCCAAUAUUUGUUCCAAGUUUAUAAUAAGGAAAAUGUUCAGUCUA